UUGGAGGCGCUGGAGGCGCAGCUUGAGGAUGCGAUUGAGAGUGAAGAUUACGCGAGCGCGGCGUCGUUGAAGCGGGCGGCGGAUGCGCUGCGAGCGAGCGACGAUACGGGACAAAUGUGCGAGGCGUACGCGAAGGCGAUCGCUGAGGAUAGGUUUGAAGACGCCGUACGGUUGAGAGACGCUGGUGUGGGGCUGUGUGGAUGGUGGGCGGGGAUGGAGGAGGUGCCGCAGGGUGAGGACGACGGGGAGCGCGCGGAGGGAGACGAAGCGCGCGAGCAUCCGACGGGGGUGAUUAUGAGGAUAUCUCGCGAGCACGGACGACUCGUGGGAUCGACGUAUUCGUCUCGAGACUUGGCUGAUAUCGUGGAACUAAAUAAAGCGUACCCGAAAGGGUACGAUUACGACGCUGGACAGCCGGUGAUGGAGAUUAUGUUGCAGGAGGACGCCGACGCCGCGGGUGGGUUUCGUCGCGACGUCAUGCGGUUAAACUACAUCCCGGUUUCGAUUCCUCUCGUCGAUGACGACGAGGAGGAGGAAACGACGUCGUCGGAAGCUUUGAUUGAAGGCGGUGUCGGAUUCAUCGCGACGCAGAGCGAGUCUACGUCGUCGACCGCAGUCGUGGACGACGCGACGGCGGCGGCGGAUGUCGAAGACGCGCUUCGCGGCGCCGCUCGCGAAGACAUCGAAAGCGUCAAGGAAGAAAUCAAAGCCAAGCUUCUCGGGCUCGAUCCUUCGAGUGGAAAGACGCGCGAUGACGCGCUUGAAGAGAUUGGUGCGAUGUUGGAUAAGUUUAACGACGCCAUCAACGCAGAGGAUGACGACGACGACGACGACGACGAGACGCUGUACGACAUCAAGCGUACCACGGCGGCGUUGCAUCAAGAGGGUUUGCACGCGUUCGUGCUCACGAGCGACAACGAAAUGUUAUCUCUCGAUGACGACGACGACGACGACGGCGACGACCGCAGACCGUUCUCUCACGCGCUGGAUAAGGAGAUCGAAGGCUUCUUGGCCACAAAGUGGGAGAGCAUGGUGCCCAACGCUGACGCGACGGCGUCGCGAGGCUUGGGCGCUGGAUCGCACACGGCUCUCGUGAACGCGGUGAAAGAGGCCGCGCAAGAGAUGUUUGCGAGUCAAGACGAAAAUGACGAAGAUUUGGACGAGGAGUACUUUGGAGAAGGCGACGAUGACGACGAAGACGUCGACGAGGUGAGCGCCGAGGAAUUACUCGCGCUCAUCGGUCAAGACGCCGUCUUGCACCGCCCGCUUCCGGGUCGAGUGCGAUUUCAGCGCAUCGAUCCGCGCCUGGCGUCGGGUUCGCGAAACGAUGUCUUCGACGGGCUUUAUAUCGGUGCUUUUGGCCCGCACGGUCCGGAAGUUUUGCGCAUGGUUCGCGGGCGCUGGGGCGACGACGUCGGCGAGUCAAACGAGUGCGUCACCGCCGUCAAGCUCACGGGCGACGAAAACGUCCCGUGCGGCGCCGCGAGUUUCCGCGCCAAAGUGAGCAAGGAAAACUUAAUCACCGAAGGCAGCUCUUAUCCCGAUGAGCUCGGCGUGUUGGCGAGAUACAAGGGCGAAGGCCGCGUCGCCAAGCCCGGGUUCGCCGACUCGCACUGGGUCGAGGGUGAACUCUUGGUCUUGAACGGCAAGGGUGGAUCUCUCACCGGCGGUGCCGAGCUCGGUUUCGUCUGGGCCGUCCCGGGUGAGCGAAGAUUACUCAUCUUAUUCUCUUCGCUCGUCCUUCCGGACGUCGACGUCGCCAAGACGCGCUAA